GGGGUUGAAGGGGGCACGGCCAUGGCGUCUCUGGAUGACCCCGGGGACGUCAGGGAGGGCUUCCUCUGCCCUCUGUGCCUGAAGGACCUGCAGUCUUUCUAUCAGCUUCAGUCGCAUUACGAGGACGAGCACUCGGGGGAAGAUCGCGAUGUCAAGGGACAAAUUAAAAGUCUCGUCCAGAAGGCCAAGAAAGCAAAGAACAAGUUGUUGAAACGGGAAGGGGAUGAUCGAGCAGAAUCGGGGACCCACGGCUAUGAGUCCUUUAGCUACGGGGGCGUCGAUCCAUACAUGUGGGAACCGCAGGAGCUGGGUGCCGUGAGAAGCCACCUUUCCGAUUUCAAGAAACACCGGGCUGCCAGAAUCGACCACUACGUCGUCGAAGUCAAUAAAUUAAUAAUCAGGUUAGAGAAGCUGACUGCGUUUGACAGAACGAACACCGAGUCCGCGAAGAUCCGAGCCAUAGAGAAGUCCGUGGUGCCAUGGGUCAGCGACCAGGACGUCCCUUUCUGCCCAGACUGCGGGAGCAAGUUCAGCAUCCGCAACCGCCGCCACCACUGCCGGCUCUGCGGGUCCAUCAUGUGCAAGAAGUGCGUGGAGCUCAUCAGCCUCCCCCUGGCAAACAAGCUCACCAGUGCCAGCAGGGACGCCCUGAGUGCCCACACCAGCCCCAGCCAGUCGCCCGGCAGCGUGCAUGGGUCCCGGCGCAGCAGCAUCAGCAGCGUCAGCAGCGUGAGCUCCGUGCUGGAGGAGAAGGACGAGGACGGCAUCCGCUGCUGCACGCACUGCAAGGACACGCUGCGCAAGAGGGAACAGCAGAUCGACGAGAGGGAGCACACGCCCGACGUCGUGAGGCUCUAUGAGAAAUUACGACUGUGCAUGGAGAAAGUGGACCAGAAAGCCCCCGAAUACAUGAGGAUGGCAGCAUCGUUAAACGCCGGGGAGACAACCUACAGUCUGGAACACGCCAACGACCUCCGGGUGGAAGUGCAGAAAGUGUACGAGCUGAUAGACGCUCUCAGCAAGAAGAUCCUGACCUUGGGCUUGAACCAGGACCCUCCACCACACUCAAACACCUUGCGGCUGCAGAGGAUGAUCAGAUACUCAGCGACGCUUUUCGUGCAGGAAAAGCUGCUCGGUUUGAUGUCGCUGCCAACCAGAGAACAGUUUGAGGAGCUGAAGAGGAAGAGGAAGGAGGAAAUGGAGAGGAAGAGGGCAAAGGAGAGACAGGCCGCCCUGGAGUCGCAGCGAAGGCUGGAGGAGAGGCGGGCGGCCAACGGCGAGGCGGCGGCGGCGCCCCGCAAGGCGGAGGGCUGGCUGCCGCGGUCGGGGCCGCAGGGCCAGGCGGAGGACGCGGACCCGCUGCUGCAGCAGAUCCGCAACAUCGCGUCGUUCGUGCGCCAGGCCCGGGCCGCGGGCCGCGCCGACGAGGUGCGGACGCUGCGGGAGAACCUGCGGCAGCUGCAGGACGCCUACGAGCGGCAGCAGACGGAGCGGGCCCUGGAGCUGUCGCGCCGCGAGGCCGAGGCGGAGGAGCUGCAGCGCCAGCAGCUGCGGCGGCUGCGGGAGCGGGAGCAGGAGCGGGAGCAGGUGCGGGAGCAGGAGCGGGCCCGGGCGGCCCUGCACGCGCGCACGCGGUCGCUGGACUUCCGGCCGGAGCCCCCCGGGGAGCCCCGCGCCCGCCUGGCGCCCGCGCUGGACCUGGGCCCCCCCCCGGCCCCGGCGCCCGGGACCCCGGAGCCCGUGCGGGCGCGCCCGGCGCGGGCCCUGCCAGACGGGGCGCCCUGCCCGAACCCCUUCUGCCAGGACGAGCCCCCCGGCCCCGCGGCCGGCCCUCCUGCCGCAGGUGCCCCGGCGCGCGCCCCGAAGGAGUACAAUCCCUUCGAGGACGAGGACGAGGACGAGGAGGAGGAGGAGGAGGACGCGGGGAACCCCUUCGCUCGCCCCGACGCCGCAGCGCGCAACCCCUUCGAGGACGAGGACGACGAGGAGGAGGAGGAGGAGGACGCGGGCCCCCAGCAGCCGCCCCGCAGCCCCCCGGCCCCCGGCGCCAACCCGUUCGAGGCGGACGGCGACGGGGACGCGGAGCGGGAGCGCAUAGACGAGGAGCUGCUGCUGCAGCAGAUCGACAACAUCAAGGCCUACAUCUUCGACGCCAAGCAGAGCGGCCGCCUGGACGAGGAAUCGGUGAUCCGGAAGCUUCUGUGGAACCUCGUCAGGAGAAGGGGAAUCUUCCCGGAGUCAGAGGACAAAUUAAAAUCACUUCCAAGUCUAUUCCAUCAGCAGCCGCCUUUCCUGGUUCAUCCUGACCCCGGGCACCGAUGAGCUGUUUUAUUACCAACGUGUAGUUUUCAGAAACCAAAAUGUCGGAAGAAGCACCAGCCCGGAUCAUUCCGGUAUCACCGCAGUACUUGAACCCCUCACCCCUGAAGCGCAGAAAGGGAAAGUUGUGCAUUUGGCUCCGGUGCUUUGGUUUACAAGAGCAUCAUCCUUAAGUGACACCUGACAUCGUGCUAGCCACGUGUGCUCCGCUCCGGGUACAGUGUCUGCAAUUACGCCUCUUAAUUAACGAACAAUAACCCACCACUAGUCACUUUAAAGUCCGUAACCAACUGGGGGCCACACUGUCACGGGUUGCCAGUGUGACAGCGGGAAUUCGUUUUGUUACAUUCUGGUGAAGACGCCUCUUGGUAAUGGGGACAUCUGAGCUCUCUUGGUAUAAAAAUUAUCUGUAUCUGU